AUACUUCCUUACAGACAUAUCACCCAGGAGUUCUCAGCCCCCCAAACCUAUCUCUGACCCCCACCAGGCCGGCCCUCUGUUUUACCUUCUCCUCUCUCCUAAGAGAUCUUGUUCUUACAUCCCCCCCAACACUGCUGCUCUUAGAACCAUGUCUCUCUGCCUGGAGACAGCCAGUCCUGUUUCUUUCUGGGUCUCCAAUGCCCCCUUUUCCCACAGGUGACAGUGCUGACCACAAUGCUAUCAGGCCGGUGGUGGCCAAGUACCUGGGGGAGCCUAGGGCUGGGGCCUCGAAGCCCUUCUCGGGGAUCCCAGCUCUGUGCCCUCUAUGCAUUUACUUACACUGGGGCAGAUGGACGGCAGAUAUCUCUGGCUGAAGGAGACAGGUUCCUAUUACUUCGAAAGACCAACUCAGACUGGUGGUUGGCAAGGCGCCUGGGAACACCCUCCACAUCUCGACCCAUCUUCAUCCCAGCUGCCUAUGUGACAGAGGAAUCUACUCCUUACCAGAACCCAACUACUGUUGCUCCCAGCCCAUCUCUUUGGACUCCUGAGCCAAAGUUGUUUCAUAGCUCCUUGGAGGAGCUGCACAUGUCUCAGGCACUCCCAGACAGAGCCCAGGCUACAUCUGAGCAGCCUCCCCCUCUUCCCCCCAAAAUGUGUAGAAGUGUCAGUGUUGCUAAUUUGAGGGCCAGCCCUCUGAAGCCCACACAGGAAGGACCAAGUGGAAGAUCCCUCUCCCAGGAAGACUUGCUGUCCGAGGCCAAAGCCAGCAUGACAGGACCCCAGCCCCUAAUGUCAGAUCCCCCUGUGUACUGUAACCUGGUGGACCUUCGCCGCUGUCCCCGGUCCCCACCCCUGGGCCCUGCAUGCCCCUUGCUGCAAAAGCUGGAUGCCUGGGAGCAGCACCUGGACCCCAACUCUGGACGCUGCUUCUACAUAAACUCGCUAACCGGUUGCAAGUCCUGGAAACCUCCACGCCGCAGUCGCGGGGAGUCGAACCCCAGCUCCAUGGAGGGGCCAGAGACCCUGAAUACGAACAAUGGUGUCCUGAAACCUCAGGCUAAGGGCUCAGGAUCUGACACAGGGACUCCAGAACUUCUGGGCCCACAGGGUUCACCUCGCCUCAGCCAAUGCUCCUCGCAGUUUGACCCUUCAGAACAGCGUCCAGCCUUGCAGACUCCUCGACCUCUGCCGGAGCUCCUGGACGACCCCCAUGUGAAUCUCCUAUGUCCUUGUGAAUGCCAGGAUCCUCCCUGCCCCACCCCCAAUUCAGCUCCUCAGAAACAUCUUCCUCUUUCCAGCCCUCUUCCCCCAACUUUAAGGGACCUCACUCCUGGGAGACCCCUUAGGGAAAUCUGGGACCACUGUGGAGGGCACAAGGUGACUUACAGACCCUACUCCCUCACUUCCCAGGAGGUGGAAAAGUCCGGCCUGCUCAACAUGACCAAGAUUGCCCAAGGGGGGCGCAAGCUCAGGAAGAACUGGGGCCCAUCUUGGGUGGUGUUAGCGGGUAACAGCCUGGUGUUCUACAGAGACCCACCCGCGACUGCGCCCUCGUCGGGCUGGGGGCCAGCGGGUAGCCGACCAGAAAGUAGCGUGGACUUGCGCGGGGCGGCCCUGUCGCAUGGCCGCCACCUGUCCAGCCGCCGCAAUGUCCUGCACAUCCGCACGGUCCCUGGCCACGAGUUCCUGCUGCAGUCAGACCACGAGACCGAACUGCGAGCCUGGCACCUUGCUCUGCGGGCGGUCAUCGAGCGGCUGGAUCGGGAGAACCCCCUGGAGCUGCGUCUGUCAGGCUCCGGACCUGCAGAGCUGGGGGAACUGAGUGCAGGCGAGGACGAAGAAGAGGAGUCGGAGCCGGUCCCCAAGCCGCUACUGCGCCUUAGCAGCCGCCGGAGCUCCAGUAAGGGGCUGGCCAUGGGAGCCGGGCCCGGAGCAGGCGGCGAGCCUUUGGGCUUGGCCGUUGUCACGCUCGGACUCUACCUGCCUCCUACAGGUCGGGGGCCGGAAGGCACCGAGCAGAAUCGCGUGCGCAACAAACUAAAGCGGCUUAUUGCAAAGAGACCGCCCUUGCGGAGCCUGCAGGAGCGAGGCCUGCUGCGAGACCAGGUAUUUGGCUGCCAGCUGGAAUCACUCUGCCAACGAGAAGGGGACACGGUGCCCAACUUUGUGCGGCUCUGCAUUGCUGCCGUGGAUAAAAGAGGUCUAGAUGUGGAUGGCAUUUACCGAGUGAGUGGGAACUUGGCAGUGGUCCAGAAACUUCGCUUUCUGGUGGACAGAGAGCGGGCAGUCACCUCUGAUGGGAGAUAUGUGUUCCCAGAACAGCCAGGACAAGAAGGCCGGUUAGAUUUGGACAGUGCUGAGUGGGAUGACAUUCAUGUGGUCACCGGAGCCCUGAAGCUUUUUCUCCGUGAGCUGCCCCAGCCUCUGGUGCCUCCACUGCUGCUGCCCCAUUUUCGUGCUGCCCUUGCACUCUCCGAAUCAGAACAGCGCCUUUCUAAGAUACAACAAUUAAUAGGGUCAAUGCCAAAGCCCAACCAUGACACUCUGCGGUACCUACUGGCGCAUUUAUGCAGGGUGAUAGCACACUCAGAUAAGAAUCGCAUGACUCCCCACAACCUGGGAAUUGUAUUUGGACCAACCCUAUUUCGGCCAGAGCAGGAGACAUCUGACCCAGCAGCCCAUGCCCUCUAUCCUGGGGAGCUAGUCCAGCUGAUGCUCACCAACUUCACCAGCCUUUUUCCAUGACACAGGCAAGGAAGAAAAGAAAAUGUAUUUCUAGUGA